CCCGACGGAAGGAAUUUGAGGCCGGAGAAUCUCGCCGGAGCUCAGAGCGAGUAGUUGAGAAAGAAGACGAAGACGAUGGCGUCGCCAGCUGAGAUAGAGAAGAAGAUCAUUCUAAGAAGCUCAGACGGCGUGGAAUUUGAAGUGGAGGAGCCAACGGCGAGGCAGUCGAAGUUGAUCGGCAACAUGAUCGACGAUGGCUGCGGGGAGAACACGAUCCCUCUCUUCAACGUCGAUGCCAAGACCCUCGACAAGGUGAUCGAGUACUGCAGGAAGCAUGCCGGCACCACUAGUGCACUCGGCGAAUGCCAUAAUACCGACAAGGAGAUCGAGAGCUGGGAUGCUACAUAUAUUGAUGUCCAUCAGACCAUCCUUUAUUACAUUCUUCUGGCUGCCAAUUAUCUCGAUAUUAAGGGUCUCUUGGAUCUUGGAUGCGAACAAGUGGCUAGCAUGAUCAGUGGGAAGAGUGAGGAGGAGAUCCGUAAAACUUUCAACAUUAAGAAUGACUUCACUCCAGAGGAAGAGAAAGAGAUCCGAAAGGAAAACCAAUGGGCCUUCGACUGAAAAUGUAGAUAUUCAACUCAAGAUAUCAUGCUAUGUAGUAUGUUGUG